AUGGCUGACUCUGCAGGAAACGAAGCCUCACUUCCGAUGGAAAUGUGCUCUAAUUUCGACGCGGACGAGAUCAAGAGACUCGGCAAACGCUUCCGCAAACUCGAUCUCGACAACAGCGGCUCCCUUUCCGUCGAUGAGUUCAUGUCUUUACCAGAACUUCAACAGAACCCUCUCGUCCAACGGGUGAUCGACAUCUUCGACACCGACCGCAACGGAGAGGUCGACUUCAAAGGUUUGUGA